UGUAAACUUGCACGUUUGUUUUUACAUCUAAAGGUUAUGCGUGUUGUGGUUGAACAACAGUUGGGAAGUUGAGUGGAGUUGUCCACACGGUUGCAUCAUAUGAUAGACAUGAAGGAACCAAACAUGGAUGAAAGUGAACCUAUGGAUGAGGAAGCACCUGAGGUUGUUUGCCGACGACGUGAGAGCCACCAUGCUUCAAAUGGCGUGCUCUGCCCCACUUCCUCCUCAACCGACUCCUUCCUCGACAACGGCAUUCCCCCCUCAAUCUCAUGUGGCGAGCCACUUACCCGUUGUCGAGGAGUCAAGGAGGGUUCUGGAUCCGACCUUGCCUGCGCCUCCUCGUUCUCCUUCUUCCUCGCCAUCGACGUCCAAUCCCGCCGUCGGCUCGACACCUUCCCCAUCUUCCUCGCUAGUGGGCCUUCCAUCUUCUUCUUCUUCGGUGGCAGGUGGCUCUUUCCGCGGAAACUCCACCCCGCUUCUGGCCUUGCCUCCUCGUCGAUCGGCGCCUAGCAAAAGAAAGAGACAUUGACGCC